CGGCCCACUCGGCAGGGCAGAGGCACUUCGGAGCCUCCUCCCGCCUUCCCCCCAGCGACUCCCAGCCUCAGUCCGGGCCAUGAGACCCCCGCACCUCCACCCCUCCGCCGCCGCCGGCCCCUGGGCCAGGGCAAUGCUGCUGCUGCCGCUGCUUGUGACGCAACUCCGGGCCGCGGAGGUGGCGCUGCUCCCCCGAAACGACACCGACUUGGACCUCGUGGCCUCCGGCGCCUCGUGCGCACGCGGUUCGCAACCCUGGCAGGUCUCCCUCUUCAGUGGCCUCAAGUUCCACUGCGCGGGCGUCCUAGUGGACAAGAGUUGGGUGCUCACAGCCGCACACUGCGGGACCAAGCCUCUGUGGGCCCGCAUUGCAGACGACCACCUGCUGCUUCUCCAGGGCGAGCAGCUCCGUAGGACCACAAACCCUGUUGUCCACCCCAAGUACCAACAUGGCUUGGGCCCCAUCCUGCCAAGGCGGACGGACGAGCAUGACCUCAUGCUGCUGAAGCUGGUCAGGCCGGCUGUGCUUGGGCCUCGCGUCCAGACCCUGCGCCUGCCCUACCGCUGUGCCCAGCCAGGAGAUCAGUGCCAGGUGGCUGGCUGGGGCACCACGGCCACCCGAAGAGUGAAGUACAACAGGGGCCUGAGUUGCUCCAAGGUCACUAUCCUGAGCCCUAAAGAGUGCGAGGUCUUCUACCCUGGUGUGGUCACCAACAAUAUGGUGUGUGCAGGACUGGACCAGGGUCAGGACCCCUGCCAGAGUGACUCUGGUGGCCCUCUGGUCUGUGACGAGACCCUGCAGGGUGUCCUUUCAUGGGGCAUUUACCCCUGCGGCUCUGCUCACCAUCCGGCUGUCUACACUCAGAUCUGCAAGUACACCUCCUGGAUAGAGAAGACCAUACGCACCAACUGACCCAGAGGCCUGGCGCCUCUCCCGGCUGCCCUCUUCCCCCUCCUCUGCAGUUGCGGGGGCUGGACUCCUCCCCUGCCCCCUUCGAACCUCCACUGCGCAUCCACACCUGCUGACGCCUCUCCUCCCCCCCAUCCUCCCUGCCCACCACUGCUCCCUGCCUGCUUUGGAGCCAAAGUGCCAAAAGUGAUGGCAAAGAUUGUUGUUGUUGUUGUUUUUAAUGUAAGAGAAACAAGGAAGCUGGUGGUCACCCCGCCUCUGGGAGGAGUUGUCACUCACCCAACUGGCUGCUUCUACCACUCCCUGCUGUGUGGCCUCAGAUGAGCUAAGCAUCCUCUCUGGACCUCUGUUUCCUCACCUGGAAAAUGAGGAUGAUGAAGGGCCUAUAUCAUAUUGGCAUUGUGAGGAGACGCUGAUAUGAGAUGAGUGUGUAGGUUGCUAUGGUAAUGAUCAGUAAAGCGUUAACAGUGGGUGAUGA